CGCCUUCACUUUUGGCGGAGACAUUUCCGAAGCGAGUCUCUCCAAGAUGGCGGCAUGGGGAAGGAGGCGCACAGGCCCCGGCAGCUCCAGCGGAGGCGGCGCCGGCGCGAGGGAGAGUGUCCCCUUCUGGGUAACAUCUGUGUGACUUUGGCUGCCAGGAAUGUGUUUUGGAUGCAGAACAGAUCUAGUGUUCAUCAACUAACCACAGAAUUUGUGCAGCUUUCAUGGGUCACCUUGUCUGCCACGGACUGUUACAUUGUUCACGAAAUCUACAAUGGCGAUAAUGCUCAGGACCAGUUUGAAUACGAGCUGGAACAGGCCUUGGAGGCUCAGUACAAAUACAUUGUGAUUGAGCCCACGCGCAUUGGGGACGAGACGGCUCGCUGGAUCACUGUUGGGAACUGCCUGCACAAGACAGCCGUGCUAGCAGGCACAGCCUGCCUCUUCACCCCCCUGGCUGUUCCCGUAGAUUAUUCCCAUUACAUCUCUUUGCCUGCUGGCGUCCUCAGCAUAGCCUGCUGCACCCUCUAUGGGAUCUCUUGGCAAUUCGACCCGUGCUGCAAGUACCAAGUGGAGUAUAAUGCCUAUAAACUCUCUCGCCUGCCCCUGCAUACACUCACCUCCUCCACUCCCGUGGUUCUGGUGAGGAAGGACGACCUGCACAGAAAGAGACUGCAUAACACGAUAGCACUCGCUGCCCUGGUGUACUGUGUAAAGAAGAUUUAUGAACUUUACGCCGUAUGAUUGCGGCAGAGGAAGGAGAAAUCCGCAAAGACAAAAAAAAGUGUAUUAAGACUCCCACAGUGACAUUCAACUUUUCUUCUUGAAGUGGUGCCUGGGAAGCAGCUUGGUUUAUCCAUAUAUAUUUUUUUGUUAUUUUUAGAACAAAAAUAACGUCACUGGGUGCAUCAAGGGAAUUUUCAGUUUUCUUACCCCUCUGACAUGGAUCUGCAGUGAAAAGGAACACUGUGGGAGCUGAAGUCAAUAAUGGAAUGUCAAUGAACGGAAAGAUACCUAAGAGGGAGUGUGGGUUUUUUGUCCCCCCCCCCCAAGAAACCUUUAAGUAUAUUGUUUAAUUGUAUUCUACAGAACCAGCUCAAAGUUAUCACUGACCAUUCAUUAAAGGAUGAGAAUUUCAA